CGAGGAUCUGAUUGGUUUCCCGAAGACGCCGCGCCCACCUCACAGAAAGAUGUACCAAUGAGCUGAGUGGGGGGCGGGCUCGGUGCGGGGCGGUGGCAGAGACGCCGGUGCUGCCUUGGGGAGGCGGCGGUGGUCGCGGCGUGGGGUGGCCAGCGAUGAAGCCGCCUAGUUCAGUACAAACAAGCGAGUUUGACUCAUCAGAUGAAGAGCCGCUUGAAGAUGAACACACUCCAAUUCAGAUAUCAUGGCUAUCUCUGUCCCGAGUGAAUUGGUCACAGUUUCUCGGUUUAUGUGCUCUUCCAGGUUGUAAAUUUAAAGAUGUUAGAAGAAAUAUUGGAAAAGAUACAGAAGAACUAAAGAGCUGUGGGAUCCAGGACAUAUUUGUUUUCUGCACCCGAGGGGAACUGUCAAAAUACAGAGUCCCGAACCUCCUGGAGCUCUACGAGCAGUGUGGCAUCGCCACCCACCACCACCCGAUCCCAGACGGAGGCACGCCCGACAUUGCCCGCUGCUGCGAGAUCAUGGAGGAGCUUGCAGCCUGCCUCAAAAACAACCGCAAAACCCUGAUACACUGUUAUGGUGGACUUGGGAGAUCUUGUCUUGUAGCCGCCUGUCUCCUACUCUACCUGUCUGACAGCGUAUCGCCACAACAAGCCAUAGACAGCCUGCGAGACCUGAGAGGAUCCGGGGCCAUCCAGACCAUAAAGCAAUACAAUUAUCUUCACGAGUUCCGGGACAAACUAGCUGCACAUCUAUCAUCAAGAGAUUCACUCUCAAGAUCUGUAUCGAGAUAAAGAAUUUCAAAGAGCUUAUCUGUGACCAUGUCUGAAAUUUGAGUUCUCUAAUUUGUACUGAAAUGAAUAUUCUAGUGUUAUCAA